AUGCGGAUCGUUGUGUUACUGUUGUGCGCGUUGCACUUGUGUAUCGGUCACCCAAUUGGUGUUUUUGACGCAUCGGUGCUCGGUGCAGGAAAGCGUGGUAUUCUCGGUUCGGCCGUGAAAAACAUUGGAGGGACAUUGCUCCGAGGAGUGGCCAGUGGUUUUAUGUAUCCUCCGAUGGGAAUGAGUCCAUUCAGUCCGUUCGCUAUGAAUCCUUGGAUGUCGGGUCAAUCUUUCAUGGGCGGAAUGUACGGAGGAUUCAAUCCGAUGUCUAUGGGAUCGGGCAUGGGAUACAAUCCAAUGUCUAUGGGGAUGGGUGGAAUGGGUGGAAUGGGAUUUGGGUACAAUCCAAUGUCCAUGGGAAUGGGCGCAAUGGGCGGAAUGGGCGGAAUGGGUGGAAUGAAUUUCAUGAACAAUCCAAUGUCCAUGGGAAUGGACCCAAUGAUGGGAUAUGGUUAUUGGUGA